CAGAUUGCCCGGGAACAGUGAGCGAACAGGCCGGAAAAGCUUCCGCAUGUCAGGGCUGCCCGAAUCAAGCAAUAUGUGCCUCGGGUAUCGCAAAGGCUCCGGAUCCAGCUAUUCAGGAGAUUAAAGAGAAGAUGGCAUCUGUAAAACAUAAAAUCCUUGUUUUAUCUGGAAAAGGAGGGGUCGGAAAGAGCACUUUCAGUGCACACCUAGCACAUGGGAUAGCAAGUGAUGAAACGAAACAGGUGGCUUUGCUAGACGUUGACAUCUGUGGACCCUCAAUCCCCAAAAUCGUGGGCCUAGAAGGAGAACAGGUGCAUCAGAGCGGCUCAGGAUGGUCGCCGGUGUAUGUAGAAGAGAACCUGGGUGUCAUGUCUAUCGGCUUUUUGCUCAGCAGCCCAGAUGAUGCCGUGAUCUGGAGAGGACCCAAGAAAAAUGGUUUAAUUAAGCAGUUUCUGCGAGACGUGGACUGGGGUGAGCUGGACUACUUGAUUGUGGACACUCCUCCUGGUACCUCUGAUGAGCACCUUUCUGUGGUACAAUACCUGAGCGCAACACAUGUAGACGGAGCUGUGAUCAUUACCACUCCACAGGAAGUGUCACUACAGGACGUCAGAAAGGAAAUCAACUUCUGCAGGAAGGUCAAGCUGCCUAUUAUAGGAGUUGUAGAAAAUAUGAGUGGUUUUGUGUGCCCAAAGUGCCAGCAUGAAUCGCAGAUUUUCCCACCAACCACAGGAGGUGCCAUGAAGAUGUGCAAUGAUUUAAACAUUCCCUUUCUCGGGAAAGUGCCCUUGGAUCCCAGGAUAGGAAAAAGUUGUGAUGAAGGUAAAUCAUUCCUGACAGAAGUGCCCGAUUCUCCUGCAACUCUUGCCCUCAAGGAUAUCUUUCACCGAAUCCAGCAAUACUGUGCGACUCAAGACUCCCACAUCGAGAAGAAUGCAUAGCGGGAGUUCAAGAAAAGCCUCUCCGUCCCACUGCAAGAACCUUUACAAAAACUGACCAAUUUACCUCAAAUCAGUGGAGGACCAGCUGCUGAAACCUCCUGUAUUGUCUAAAUAUCCCCGAUUACUGAAUUGACUGCAGCAAUGUUUGCUUGCCAGCAGCUGGACAGAUUGACGUGACACACAGCAACUAUUUUGCCUUUUAGACUUAUAGAUUUUAGAGUUUAAAAUUAAUUUUGUAGAAAAGAAACCAUAAACUGUGUAUAAAAAAACAACUGCUCUGAAACUUCCGGUUCAGUGUACACCAACACUGGAGUAUAAGCAGAACUGUGUGAUUAGUUGGAGAGUGAAGUUUAAAGUGUGUGUGUGUGAGAUAGGUCACACGCUUCACUACCCCCUACCACUCAAUGUGGGGAAGUGAUGAAUGGAGAGCUCUCUCUUCAGGUUUAAGGAAACUUAAUGGCAAAGUUCUCCCAAACUGGUCACUUGCACUUUUGGAAAUAACAUACAAUUGUCUGUUUUGACCCUGCAAGAAAACACCUGGAUUCUCAUCUCUAGGGUUUUGUAAAAUCAGAAGGAUAACAAUCAGGUGGAACAACACUGCAUUUUAUUAUUAUUAUACACUGAAAUAAUGUUAACCAGUUUUAUUAAACUUGACCUCAGAAAGGUGAGCAAGGCACUGUACUGUCAGAACAAAUAAAUCCAUUUCCCCAAAUU